AUGUACAGCUAUAACAACAUUAUUGAAAAAAAUGAGCCAUGCAAAAAGGAUGUGAUUGAGAACCUUCAACUGAGCCUCUCACCAACCGGAGCGGUCAGACAAUUUCGUGUGGACGAGCGCGUGGAUGUGGUGGUGGUGGAGGGUUUUUUGUCGAAUGACGAGUGCGACCAGCUCAUCGCUGCAUGUGAAAAGGUUGGAUACACAUUCUGGCGGCAAAAGGAUCCUAACGCUGAAGGGGAAGAAGCUGGAUGUUGCGGGGAAGCUGAAGCCCGUGCCUUCCGUGUGGUGGACACUAUCGAAGCGAAUUUCCCUACGUUGUCGCAGGUUCUCUCCUCACGAAUAGAGAAGGUAGUGAAGCUGGAUCCAAAAACGUUUUCUCCCUCUAUGGAAGGGGCUGAGGAGUUAUUUGCACGUGACCUUGAGGGUACAUGGGUUCCCCAACAACUAGCACAAAACCUUUUGUUCGCGCGCUACGGUGCGGGUGGUCACUUCUCUCCGCAUAUCGACGGCUCCACCAUCGUUGAUAUUAACACUCGGUCCCUUUACACUUUGCUUAUUUAUCUUAAUGAUUGUGAAGCAGGUGGAGAAACGGUGUUGUUUGACGGGGAACAGGCGGAGGUGCUGAAACGUGAUGCAGAAAGUGGGAAAUAUAUUGGGAGGCGGGAGAACCGCAUAGGUGCUGUGAAACCUACGAAAGGCACCGCUGCUUUCUUUUACUAUGAUGUGUUGCACGAGGGAUCGCCUGUGGGAGAGGGCCACUCCAAGUACAUCAUUCGCGGUGAUUUUCUGUACCGUCGUAACCCACCGAUCCUAACAGCGGAGAACGAUAUGAAGGCGUUUGAAUUGUAUGAAAAGGCGCGCGUAGCCGAAAGUAAUGGAGACGUUUUCGCAGCGUGUGAAAUGUUUCAGCGGGUGCGAAAGCUCUCCAAAGGAGUAGCAGAGUUAUACCAACUGUGA